UAACACUAGCACAUGCGCGAAUAAAUGUCAAAAUUCUUGUCCAUUUUUAUUCAAAAAUCAUCUGGUUAUCUGGACACAAAACACAUAAUACUUGCGAUGUCUAAGAGAAGUAGUUUCCAUAAAACUCCUAAAUUUAAGCCCGAAGUGAAGGUGAUUACUAAUAAAGCCAAAUCAAUUAUAAACAUGUCUUUGCGAACGGAGAAAGUUGAAGUGUUACCUGAGCCUAUCAAGUCUGAUGCUGAUAAAAAGCAAUACAAAACAAUUCGGCUGGAGAACGGUCUAACAGCGCUUCUGAUAUCGGACGCGAGCCGUCUAACUUUAGGUAACGAGACCAGCUCCAGUGAGGAGGAGACCAGUGGCUCUGAUGAGACCACAGAUCCUGAAAGUGAGAGUGGAAAGUCUGGAGUAUCAACUGGCAGUGACCAUCAUGGCACGAAAAGACGCGGCGAAUAUGACGAGGAAAAACUGAUGGGUCACACGAAACGACAUUUUCUUAAAAUGUUGAAGAAUGCGUACAAGAGAAUAUCUAGAAAACACUGCAAGAUAAUAUUUUUUCAGCAGUAUACAAAUGAUACGGCAGCAUGCGCGCUCUGCGUCGGCGUGGGCAGCUACAGCGACCCCGCCGACAUACAGGGGCUGGCUCACUUCGUGGAACACAUGGUCUUCAUGGGCAGCGAGAAGUACCCCAAGGAGAAUGAAUUUGAUUCCUUUAUUAAGAAAAAAGGUGGUUCAGACAACGCAUCAACGGACUGUGAGGUGACCACAUUCUACUUCGAGAUCCAGGAGAAGUACCUGGCCAAAGCGAUGGACAUGUUCAGCCAGUUCUUCGUGAGCCCACUCAUGAUGAAGGAGGCUAUGCAGAGGGAGCGCGAGGCUAUUGAGUCAGAAUUCGCAAUAGCAUCGCCAUCAGACUCCAACAGAAAGGACCAGCUACUCUCCAGCUUGUUCCCCGAAGGUCAUCCGGCUCGAUCGUUCACGUGGGGCAACCUGCGCAGUCUGAAGGAUGAUAUAGAUGACGAUGAGAAGCUACACAAGGCAGCUCACGCCUUCAGGAAACGGCAUUACAGUGCGCAUCGAAUGACUGUCGCUGUUCAGGCUCGAAUGGAACUGUCAGCCCUAGAGAACUACGUGGUGAACACGUUUGGACACAUUCCCACCAACAAGCUGCCGUCCGAUGACUUCAGCCAGUUUACCUUCAAACCCGACACCGUCACGCCGGAGUUCAGAAGCAUCUACUAUGUCAAACCUGUUGGCGAUACUACUGAGGUACAUUUGACGUGGUGCAUGCGCUCUCUACUGUCGGAAUACGAGUCCAAGCCGCACCAGUACAUAUCGUACCUGCUCGGACACGAAGGCAAAGGCAGUCUCCUUUCCUACCUUAGGAAAAAGGUGUGGGCUCUAGGUAUAUACACGGGUAACUCGGAAAGCGGCAUCGACUACACAUCGAUGUACAGUUUGUUCUCCACACAAGUCGUACUCACUAAGGAAGGACUGGAUCACGUUGACGAGGUGCUAGAAGCUAUUUUCUCCUACAUAAACAUGCUAAAGAAGAUUGGACCUUCGGAACGAAUAUACGAUGAGAUUAGGACGAUAGAAGAGACAAGUUUCCGGUUCGAGGAAGAGUCUCAGCCGGCGGAGUACGUGGAGACAUUAUCAGAGAACAUGCACUUCUACCCGCCGGAGCACUUCAUCACGGGCGACAGGCUCUACUAUAAAUAUGAUCCUAAGGGUAUAUCGGAGUUGUUGGACUGUAUGCGCGCGGACACGGUGAACAUAAUGAUCCUGUCCAACAAGCACUCCACGCCCAUCAACUACGACGCCAAGGAGAAGUGGUUCGGCACCGAAUACAAGAAAAUGGAAAUCCCAAGCAAAUGGCUAGAUCGCUGGCUGAGUGUGGAACCUUAUACCCAGUUCUUCCUUCCUGAGAAGAACGUGUACAUCACAACAGACUUCAGCCUCGUCCAACCAGACCCGGUGUACUUAGAGACCGCCAACGAAUUGGGCAUAGACCUUAAGAACAGCUCCAUAAAGGACAUACAUAAAAAAGUCGAAGGCAGCGAUAGAAAUACCAAGACUUUGAGCCACGGUGAUCUCAUUGCUACUGUUAAUAAUUUCAGACUGGACCAACCCAACUUAAUACGUAAGAAUAGACACAUGGAGUUAUGGUAUAAACCAGAUUUCAAGUUCCGGUUUCCGACAGCGUUAUUAUACUUCUACUUUAUAUCGCCGCUCAGCUUGAAGUCGCCUAGAGAUUCAUGUCUUCUCGAUCUAUGGACGGACGUGUUACAACAAGGACUUAAGGAAGAAGUAUAUCCAGCGAAUAUGGCUGACUUGUCUCACUCGCUCUACGUCGGGGAUAAAGGGCUCACCAUGAAAGUCACAGGGUAUAGUCAAAACUUACACUUACUGGUAGAGCUAAUAACUCGAGAGAUGCGGUCGUCGACCAAGAACCUAACGCCCGCCAUGUUCGAGGCCGUGCGGGAGGUGCGCGCGCGGACCUACCACAAUGUACUCAUCAAACCGCACAAAUUGGCCAAAGACGUCCGGAUGAACAUCCUGUUGAUGCCGUACGUGUCGCCGCGCGACAAGGCGGCCAUCGUCCACAACAUCACGCUGGAGGAACUCAACGACUUCAGCGAGAGGUUGCUCAGCAAGAUGUACUGUCAGAUCUUAAUGCAAGGUAACCUGGCGUGGCACGACGCCAUCAGGAUAUCUGAGAACGUACUCUCCACCAUCAACUGGAACGCACUCACCGAAGACGAGUUCCCCGAUGUGAAGGUACACCAAUUACCUCUGGGCGAGCGUAAGAUCCGUGUGAUGAGCCUCAACGAGGCGUCAACAAACAGUAUCAUCACCAACUACUAUCAGGGAGAGGCCACCAACCCCAAGGACACUGCUACGCUGGAAGUGCUCAUGUUGUUGAUGGAGGAGCCAGUGUUCGACGCGCUGCGUACGAAGGAGCAGCUCGGGUACAGCGUGUUCAGCAUGAUGCGCUACACCUUCGGAGUGCUCGGCUUCUCCGUCACUGUCAACACGCAGGUCGACAAGUUCAGCGUAUCGUACGUGGACGGUCGCGUGGAGGCGUUCCUGAAGAAGUUCUCGCGCGACAUGCGCCGCCUCACGGAGAAGGCGCUGGCCGCCACCAAGCACUCGCUCGUGCAGCUCAAGCAUACCACCGACUAUGAACUCAAGGAGGAGGUUGAGAGGAACUGGCGUGAGAUUGUCAGCAGGGAAUACAUGUUCCACAGACUGUUCUUGGAGGCUGACGCCAUUGAGAAGAUCAAGCUGGUGGACAUCAAGACCUGGGUCGACAACCACUUCCCAACCGGCAACAAGUCCAAAUUCAGGAAGCUAUCUGUUCAGAUAAUGGGCCACAAAUCCAACAAAGGUAACGCGACCGCAGCAGACUUGCACCCGAAGCAUUACGAGCUCACUUACUUGGACGCGAGCGAGCCAAUAGGAGACACUAUAGAGAACAAUGCGGACUUCAUCAGAGACAUCAACGCUUUCAAAGUAGAGCUGCCCUUCAUAACCAUACCGAAAAUCGAAUUCGGACAAUGCUGAGGUACCAAAUCUUGGAUACAGAAAACCACUAUGUAGACAAAACCAUCCUAUUAAGUAAAUUCUCGUUUUUGCGCUUCGUAGAUGGCGCUGGUGAUGUUUAAAGUCACCUCAGCUAAGAGUUAACCAAACAGGUUUGGUUCAUGAGACUUAAUACCAUAUUAGCGCCACCAAAACUUCUGGCUUAAAUAAAAGUAUUUAUGUCCAAAGAAAAUGGUUUUUAAUGUAAAAGGCAAAAGGUUUAUUUUGCUGUAUUUACAUGAACAAGAAUUUUGACAUGUUUUUAGUUACCUUCGUGCUCGAAAGUACAUCGGCUAGCUGUUAAUAUUGUGAUCGACCAAUCACUUUGCACGUAACGUAUUUUAAUGGCAUUAUAAAUACCAAAAUGUGGGACGAAUAUCUGAAAUACAGAUACAAUUACCAAGUAAAACAUUAAAUAGUAAAAAAAAUAUUUCAAUUUGUCAUUUCUAAUUGACUAUUCUGCGAAUAAACACCGAAAUAAACUCUAGAGGUAAUAUAAUGGCCUUUUUAAAAGACACCAAUUGCUAUAUCCAUUAGGUAGAUUUUGAUAUUUCUAAUGUCAUAAAUGCUUCGUGAUUUUAAUCCUCAGUCAUUGGACGUGCAGUAGCGUCGCGUGAUAAUUCUCAACUCUGAUUGGUUGCCGUCUACACAUUGAGACGGUCGUUCAUUGUUUCAUUCAUUUUAAUAGAUAGCCAGUAAAUCUCGCUACCCUUAUACCUUUAAUGGAUUAUCGACUUUAUGAUGAUGUAAUAAAGGUGAUUUUUAAUGAAGAAUUUACAUCAUUUGGGGUAGCUUGAUUUGCUGGUGUCCUAUAUAACUUGACCAUUGACCAUUAAACAUUUUCUUAUUUUAUACUUUUGUAAUUUAAUUCCGUCCGAAUUUUCUAUUUCUGCCUUUCACCUUAUUUUACAAUUUUCUUUUUUUUUUUAAUAACUAUCAUCGCAACAUCUGUGGAUUUUGGAAUAUUUACUUUUAGAUCAGCUUGAAAUUAUUUUAUAGAUUCACGCUAUUUUCUUUAUAAACGGGAUGUUACAGGGAUUUUGAACAUGACAAAGUAUGAUGUAUACCACUAUUGCAUGAAUAAGAUUAGACAAAAUUAUAUGACCAAGUUAAAAACAUCGAAAAAUUUGACUCCUGAUACAGUGCAGGAGAUAUUAUAGUGCACAAGCAUAAAAAACUAGAUGCACAGUAAAUUCACCUUUCUAUCACUGUCAUUAAAGUUGAAAAUAGUAUACGGAAAAACGUUGCUUGGUAAAGCGUAAACAACUUCUCAUUAGGCAUAGCCAUAUUAUGAGGAAAUGUCCAGAAAAUCAGAUAAACAGAAAUCUCAAAAAAACACACAGAACUCAUUCGGCUCACCAUCGCCACUAAAGCUUGUACAGUAUAUUUAAUUAAUUAUAUACCAAUCUUUAUAUAGAUCGCUAUAUUUUAUUAAAAAUAAAAGUGUAAUUAAGGCGUUAGGUAUUAACGUACAUAGUUUGUAUAUAAAAAUGAAAUAGAUACGUAAUACUAACAUAAUAUAUAGAAACACGCAAAAUAUAUAAAUAUAUAUUUGUCCUAGACUUUUGAAGUUAGCGGAUUAAAAGGCUCGUAUCCAAACGAAGCUAUUUUUUGCAUUGGUCACACUUCAAAAGUCUGGGAUUAAGGUUGACAUUUAUUGAACGUAAAUUAUUAUUUAUUAGCCUUACUCAGAGUCAUUUGACCUCUCGUAUAUAAAAGACGACAAUAGAAAAUACAUUGUUUCGUGCGGUCUGGGUUAAUGAUUACAUACUUAAAGUAUUCCUAAGUGCCGAUUUUGUUCCUAAAACAAUUGUUUACGACUGGGUUGUAUAACAAUUAACACGUUAACCGCCACAUCGGUCACUGGUGACUGACGCUUAGCGGAGGAUUUGCCUUCAACAGUUUUGUUUCAGCACUUAAUGCUUUAAAUGACUGAGUGGGGCGUUAGGAGAAAAUACUCGUUACUUCUGCUAAACCAUUCUGUCCCUCUCGCACCAUUGACAUCAAACAUGUAUAAGACAAGGAUAAAUAGUAAUCUAUAUUAACUGCUUUGCAUCUCAUUUUGGCUUUUAAUGUCUCAUUAUCUCAUUCUAACACUUGCAUUUAGGGCUUAGUGCGAAAAGGACAGUAAUAUAUGGUGUACUGCGCUUUAUAAACGUCAACCUAUAUAUUAAAAGGUAUUUAAAAUAACAUUACAUAUUUAACUAAUGUGUUUUAUAGUUGUUUCAACCGAUUUUAACCUGUAUAACUGUAACUUAAAGAUUAAUAUUGAAUGCGUGAAUGGUAUAUUGAUUUUCUACUACUAGUUAAAGGGAUUUUACCCUUAUUUCGAGUGCAAUAUAUACCAAAAUCGGUUGAAGUAACGGUAAAUAGCGUUGGUUUUUAUUUAAAGUUAUUUAUUAAAUAAUGAAUUUGUAAAUAUUGUACUUAAACAUGGCUACCCCGCGGCUAUAUGUUGGAUAUUCGUAAAAUAUUUAUGAAAUAAAGAAUGACUGUCAAAUUUAUUGAUUAUAGUGUUAAUAAAUAGUCUCAAUAGGACA